GAUCAGAAGUUCUUUGCAAACUAGCUCUGGUUUUGUUAUUACUUUUGUGCAAGUGACAGUAACGUCUUUAUCUUUCAAGCCUUGUCCUUCCCGACCUCUCGUGUUUAAAGUGUUGAAGUCUGGGUGAUCGUCCACCACGCGGUCAAGCAAAGAGGUCAGCCCUGGGCCCGACCUUUGCCCCCGUCUGGCCCCGUUUUAAAGAGCCCUAGCGAAGGGUUGGCAUCCACGCUGGAGGACUUGGCAUUUGCACACUCGAGUUGAGACACUGGCGAGGCAGCCAAGACUCUUACAGUGUCAACAGAUUACUUUCAGAGGACACAGCAUACCAAGUGGGUCCUCCAGCACACCGGAGAACGCCAUUCAGGGAACCAUAGGCUGUUAGCCACCAGCAAUGACAACGUUCGACGACAUCUUGGAGGAGGCGGGGAAAUUCGGCCGAUGCCAGAAGCGCAUCUUCGGCCUGCUGUGCAUGGUUUCCAUGCCCUGGGCCGGAGUCUAUGUGGGCAUCGUUUUCCAGGGCUUCACCCCGGAGCACUGGUGCCGUGACCCGGACGUGGCGGCCCUGAGCAAGAGCUGCGGCUGGAGCCCGUUGGAGACGCGGCGGCUGGCCGUGCCACUGGAGAACCGCUCGGGGGAGACGGUGCGCAGCACAUGCCAGCGCUACGAUGUGGACUGGAACGCCACGGGGCUGGCCUGCGAUCGGACGGAGGUGGACCUGAGCAAGGCCCCCCUGGCGUCGUGUAAGCACGGAUGGGAGUACGACUAUGAGGGCCGGCAGUCCUUUGUGACAGAGUUUGACCUGGUGUGCGCCGACAGCUGGCUGGUGGACAUGUACCAGGCCACCCUCAACGUGGGCUUCCUGGUGGGCAGCAUCGCCACUGGCUACCUGGCCGACAGGUUCGGCAGGAAGAUCAGUUUUCUGAUGUCCAACGUGUUGAACGGCAUCAUGGGCAUCCUGGUUGCCGUGGCGCCCAACUACGUGUCUCUGCUGGUGUUCAGAGCGCUCUACGGCUUCGGCAUCAAAGGAGGAUGGGUGGUGGGAUAUGUGCUCAUCACAGAGCUGGUGGGUGUGGAGUACAGGAGGACCGUGGGGGUGCUCUACCAGAUGUUCUUCAGCGUGGGCAUCAUGCUGCUCCCCCUGCUGGCCUACUACAUCACAGACUGGCGCUGGCUGCAGGUGGUCAUCACCGUGCCCUACAUCCUCUUCCUCUCCUACUACUGGUUCAUCCCAGAGUCUCCCAGGUGGCUCCUCUCUCAGAACGACUCUGCCAAAGCGGUGGAGAUCACCGAGGCCAUUGCCAAGGAGAAUGGGAAGACUCUCUCCAAGAAGAUAGAGACCCUAAGAGACGAUAACGCUGAAACGUCGAAUCCCUCCUUCAUGGACCUGGUCAGGACCCCCAGGAUGCGGAAACACACCCUGAUCCUCAGCUUCGUCUGGUUCACCAGUGCCGUGGUGUACCAAGGCCUGAUCAUGAGACUGGGCAUACUGGGAGGAAACGUCUACAUCGACUUCCUCAUCUCGGGCCUCGUGGAGUUCCCCGCCGCGUUCCUCAUCCUCUUCACCAUCGAGCGCAUCGGGCGCCGCCUUCCCUUCGCCACCGCCAACAUCGUGGCGGGGGCCGCGUGCUUCAUCACCGCCAUGUUACCCGACAGUCUGUUCUGGCUGAAGACGACGGUGGCCUGCAUCGGCCGCCUGGGCAUCACCAUGUCCUUUGAGAUGGUGGUGUUUGUGAACACAGAGCUCUACCCCACCUUCGUCAGGAACUUUGGCGUGUCCGUGUGCUCUACGCUGUGCGACGUGGGUGGGAUCGUGGCCCCCUUCAUGCUCUACAGGCUGGCGGUGAUCUGGCUGGAGCUGCCCCUCAUCAUCUUUGGAUCCCUGUCGUUCGUCGCCGGCGGCCUGGUGCUGCUGCUCCCCGAGACCAAGGGCAUCCCGCUGCCCGACACCAUCGACGACAUCGAGUUCCCCGAACGAGCCCAGGAGAAUAUUGAGCUGAAGAAGCAGCAACUCGACAACCUGUUGGCAACCAGCCCCUCCACAGAUGUCAAAGACCCCGUCGCUGUUUGAUGUCCGUUAUUGUCAGGGUCAGGGUUUAGGUCGCCGACGUAUUUAUUGAUGUAGCAGGGGACUGAGAGCUCUGUGUAUUUAUGUAAAAAAAACUUUCAUUACACAUGUUUUAUUACUGUUAUUAACUGUUUGUGUCACUCUCAGUCCAGGGGCUCUGGCUGUGUUCGAUUUGGCCCUCUUGUUCUCUCAUGCCCUAAAUAAGGAUAACUAUAUAUUAGGCUACCCUAUUUAGGGUAUAAUUAUGCAGGGAAUUCGGACACAGAUGAUGCGCCAGAGAGCCAUCGAGGUGCCGUGUGUUGGUGGCAGAAACAAGCUGACACGUGCUAGAAGUCACCCUGGGACAGCUCAUUAGUAAAAUGACUGAAUGGGCUGACCCAUCUCUUCUUGAUGAAUCCGUCGACAAGGAAGACCGCUAUACAUCAUGGGAUGUAUAGUGAGGAAAAAAGUGUGCAUCUGUUGUACACUUUUUUGCGUUGCAUUAUGGGUUUUAAGUAGUGAACCCGAGUUGUGCACAACAUCUAACCACAGAACAGUAGGGCUGAACGAAUAAUCGAAUUCAAAUCGAAAUCGCGAUGUAAUAGAACGCGGUAUGCAAAUCGCAAAGGCUGCGAUUAAAAAGAAAAAAGAAAAAAAAAGUGAUUUGCUACCGUAACUGACUGGAAAUCAGUACAAUUCAUUUAUUUUUAUUUUUAUUUUACAAUUCAAUGGUUAAAUAAAGAAGUUUAUAAUAUAAAUUAAUCUCAACACAUCGGCCUGGCCUAGAGGAAAGAGCAGAUUUUAUGUUGACUGCUUCCAAUGUUGUGUUGGUCGUUCUAAAGAAUGAUGAUUUAUUUCAUUUUUAGUGAAUAAUAAACAACAUAAGGAACUUAAUAAAUUAUAAAAAUCGCACAUUAAAUCGCAAUCGCAAUAGCCCGAUAUAGGGCACCGGUGGACCAAGCCUCUUUUCAUGUGUGGUUCCCUGAUGGAGGAACAACCUAGCUCCAUGCAGUCCUCAGAACUGCUCCUUAUAUCUUAAAGAAAUCUUCAGAAGCCCCUCCUCUUCAGGAAUCAUCUCAUAAACGGAUGUGUGACCCUGGUUGUUAAGAGCUGUUAGGUUUUAGCUCCUGUUUUUUUUUAGAUGUACUAUCUUUUAUGUCUCUGAGAUGCCAUGAUAAUUAAAAAGUUCAAAAUUAACUAA